AUGCCAGGCAUAACGGACCUCUACAUCUCCUUCACAAACGACAUGAUAUCCCACCACGAACGCAGCGGCACCAUCCACCGCAUCUCACGCGCAAACAUCGAGCGCAUCCUCCUCCGCGAGCUAGACAAAGGCAAACUGGCCGUCGACUACAAGCUGAGCUGGUACCAUGCCGUUCUCCAAACCCCUUUAUUUGAUUCCCUCUGGUACUCAAACCAACUCCGCCUCAAACUCCCCGAGUCCGCCACCCAGCGCUACACCCCCGACGAGACACUGACAUCCUACUCUCUCACCUCCCCAACCACUCCGCAGUUUCGCCACCAUCCCAACAGCAUGGCCCCACCCCCAAAAUACCCCCUCUCCACCUCAUCGACCGAUAAGAACAACCCCUACGCGAAGAACUACCCCCGCGAACACGCCUACCGCAACCGCUCGCCUACGCCCAGCAUCUCGCUCGUGUCGGGCACGGAAACGAACGCAACGGAGGAGAGCGAGGAGUAUGAUGAGGAUGCAGUGGCGUUUGCUGAGCUGCUGGGCCAGGGGGUGUCGAGGCAAGGGGAGCUUUUCGAAGAAGGCGGCGACGGCGACGGCGAGGGGCAAGGGGAGGGGGAAGGAGGGGUGGGUGAUAGAAACGGAUUGCGGAGACAGGAGGGCGAUGAUGGCGCUUUUGGCUCCGGCAAGGGAAGUGCGGGAAAGAAGAGGAAGGCUAGUUUGGACUGA